ACCAAGGUUUGCAUCGUCGGAAGUGGUCCAGCAGCACACACGGCGGCGAUCUAUGCAGCUAGGGCUGAGCUUAAGCCUCUUCUCUUCGAAGGAUGGAUGGCUAACGACAUCGCUCCCGGAGGUCAGUUAACUACAACCACCGACGUCGAGAACUUCCCUGGGUUCCCUGAAGGUAUCCUCGGUGCCGAGAUCGUCGAGAAAUUCAGGAAGCAAUCGGAGAGGUUCGGUACUGAGAUCUUCACUGAGACGGUUAACAAAGUUGAUUUCUCGUCGAAGCCGUUUAAGGUAAUCACCGAUUCGAGAACU